AUGGGGACGUGGAGCGCCGAGAGCGGAUGGGCGGGGACGGAACGUGGAGCGCUGAGAGCGGGGACGGAGCGGGGGGCGGGGACAGAGUGUGAAGCGUUAAGAGCGGGGACAGAGUGGAAGCAGAUGGACCCCACAAGGAGUCAGUUGGAUUCAGACUUUUCACAACAGGACACACCAUGUCUCAUUGUUGAAGACUCCCAACCAGAAAGUUUGGGGACAGAAGAUGACCUAGACCGUGCUCGGUUUGGACUGCUUCCUCAGCAUCUACAGUCAAAUGUAGAGAGCCCUGUACUGGAGUAUGUAAAAGGUUGUCCAAGCAAUAAGCAUUCUUUUGGGGAUAAGGAACACAUGGAAAUAAAUGAGCUUUCAAAAGAAAACCAGAAAGUUUCAACUGUGAUGAAAGUAUUGAAGCUGAAGAAGCUGCCGACUGCUCCACGCACUCACUUGAAGCUGAAGAUUUGCAAGGCUGCCACCUUGUCCUGUAUUUACACGUUCUCUAAGUUCUACCAGGUGGAUAUUGAGGCAUCAUCUGAUUCCAGCUUCGGACAUUCUGGGACAUCUCAGCUAGCAUUUGGGGCACUGGAGCUAUCACAGAGCCAGGAUAUAGAUAGCCAGCACUCGAGAGAUGAUGAGGAAAAGAGCAUACCACACAUUAAACCUCAGACGCUUGAAUGUAUCCAAGAAGAACCUGAUAAUGUUGGUGCUGAAACAUAUGAAAAAGAGAAUGUUACAAUUCAAAAUCGGGAAGAAGAUCCUAAACGAAAUCAGGAACGUGGAACUGGAAAAGCGUCUGGUGAGAACAACACAUACACUGCUCAAGAGGACCAGCUAAAAGAAUCCACUGUAGUAGAGCCAUUACACUCGAAGCCUGAUGAAGAAGAGAUGGAAGCCUCAGAUCUCGCCUCCAGUCAAGAAGAUCUAUUUGGACAAGCUGAUGAUAUCCAACCUACUCCCAUCAUUGUUCCCAGCUCCCCCACAGAGCAGCAUGAAGGAGAAGUUGAAGACAUGGAAAUUGCAGUAUCCUCAGAUAAGACAAAGGUAGCGGGACAGCCACAGGAAGAGGCAGGUUCCAAGAGUUGCCCCUUUGUCCAUGUACCUCAAGAUGUUUUCAUACCAACUCCAAGUCUUGAAUAUUCUCCUUCCAGAGAUCAGCCUCACCAGUUACAAUUCCCAAAAAGUGAACAGGACCAGAAAGCUUCAGAACUAAAGCUUGAAUUGGACUCGAAACAUACUGAGGAACAUGUAGCAGAUGAGUGUAAUCUACUUUUACCUACAAGUGAGCCUAGUCAACUCAUGGAGACAGACCAUGCACAUGAAGGAGAAGAUAGUGGGGCUACACAAAUUGAAGUGGUUAACGAAACAAGUCGCCCUUCGUUAGACCAGGACAACCAAACAGUGUCUGAACCAGCGCUACUGGCAAUUAAAGGACAACCACCCACAUGCAGUAAACUCUCUUCAUCUGUAUGUGCUGACUUGGGUGAUAAAUGUGACAACAAAGACGUUGAUUGUAUCACCAUUUCAAGCAGUCCUGAAAGUCAGGCACUCUUGGUACCAUCGUUAAAUUCUGAUGCUUCUUUGAGUAUUUUAGACCAAGACAUACCUGACAAAAAAUCAACGGUAGUUGUGGAAAGUUUGUCUGAUGUUGAGGAAGUUCCUGAAACUCAAUGUGGGAAGGACAGUGAGGAUUCUAUGGUAACCAAAAGUGAGCAUGAAAAAGAGGAGGGCGGCCUAAAUUUAGCACUGUCCGAGACUCAACAUCCUUCCAAUGAGGAUGUGGAACCAUUAGAAAAUGAAAAAGCAAUGGAGGUGGACCAAGAAGCAUCCUCUCAAGAUAAUUUACCAAAGCCUGUUGAAGAUCAAAAAGAAGUGCUGCAGUCAGAAAAUGAAAAUGACACUGCUAUGCACACACGGACUAACCCUUGUUUAGUACCAACAAUUGCAAAUAUUCCUGCACAAUCUGAAAUGACUGAAUGUAACAAAUCUCCAACCACACCUACUAAAGAGUUACACAUAGAUAAAUCAAGUGCUGAUCAGAAAGGUGAAAAAACGAAUGAAUCGGAUUCUGCCAAAGAUGUUUUGAGCAAAUCUGAGCACACUUGUCAAGUAGUUGACAGCCCAGAUAAUGUGAAGUCAGACAGUGUUGUGCCUUUAGCCACUGAUUGUAAUAUUUCAGUAAACCCUCCACAGCAGAUUUCUAACCUUUCCUCUAUAAGCACUGAUUGUCUUGUUACAAAAGAAGACAAGUUACCAGAUCUAGACCAAGAGCAAUGUCUAGGAGGUCCAGUUGAUAUAAAUACAAUGGAAAAAGUAACUCAGCAAUAUCCAUUGCCUAUUGAAAAUAAAGAAUGUAAAGUAAAUACUCUUAAACAAAACUUGAUACCUUCUAGAAUGGACACAGUGUCAAUAUGCCCCAAUGCACAACAACCACAGGGCAAGGAAAAUACUGAUAUAAUAUUGCAGGCAGAACAGAAGAUACCAGUAGUUGAACCGAAUGUCAAAGAGGACCAUCAUGGAAAUAAAAACUUGUGUGGAUUUGGCACCAAACAAGCAAAUGAAAUGUGCAGUGUUAUUGUGGUAGAAGAAACUCAAGAGUUGUCAGAUAGUAAUGAACAACAGCCUAUGCUAUCAAAAGAUGCACCUGACUCUGGGCAAAAUAAAAAAACAGAGCUUUCAGUAACAGAAGUGAAUGAACCUUCUGUUUGUGAGCUACAAAAUCCAUGUGAGUUCCCAUGCAACAAGACAAGUAUUUCUGAGGACUGGAAACGGAUAGAACCUCAGAGCACAGAGAAAGAGGUUCUACUUACUAGUAAUGACGUUCAGAAAAAUGUAGAUGGAAAUCCUGAAACUGUUUCUGUCCAGAAGGAUGAAAGGAAUAUUGAAUCUGUUUUUGUUCAGAAGGAAGAUCAGCAGGUUCUACCGCUGAGAGUGGAUAACAUUAACACUUUUGCUUUGGCGUUUAAUAAAUGCACACCUGAUACAUCUGUUGCUUCUUGUGAGGAUGAGGCACAUGGAGUAGACUCAGAGUUCCAGGAAAAAACUGGAGAGCAAUCCACACGUAGUAUAUGUGAAAGCUCCAGCGUGGUUGGAGGCUGUCCAGACAGCACCCUGGCAACCAGUGAUGUUACAGCUGAGAGCACGGUGGCAUCCAACAAUGUCACAGUUGAGAGUGCCAUGGUGACCACAGAUGUGUCUGAGGAAAGCGAAAGGGGAAGUUCUGGAUCUGCCUUUGAUGGGGAUGGAAAACUGUGUCUCAGAAUGAAACUUAUCACACCCGUAAAUGAGGAGAGCGAAGGGGCUCCGCAGUUUAACUUGGAAAAGCCUGCUGCUGAGAAAUCAAAUGGAACAGCUGCUGUUGCUGGGGAUGUUGCCAGCACAGAGAAUUCCCCUUCUGUGUUUGUACGUGUGUGUGAGGUCCAUCGAGAAGAGGAGAGCAGAGGUCAAAAUAUGACUACAACUCCUGUCAGAGGAGGUCCCUUCCACUUCUCCAGCAAAGAGAAAGAUGUAACUUCCAUGACUUCACAACAUAUAAAAGAAAUGCCUGAGCAAGAUGGGGAUCAACAGAGCAGCUCAGGGUAUUCUAUCCAGGACUUAUCAUGCGAUCAGGAUGAGGAAGCCAUGGAAAUUGAGCAUAGCUUGGAGGAAGGUGAACAACAUGUCCAGAAAGAGAUUCAAAAGAACUGUCAGAAAAUAGCUUCUGCUUCACAACAGUUGAAUCCAGAUGAACACCCUUCUUUGGGCCAAACAAACAAGGAAGUCCAAACUGUAAAUACGGUAGAUCCCAAAGCAUUUGUGUUGUCGUCAUUCACCCAGACUGACAAUGUGUCUAGUCCACCAAUAACUACUGCUGGUAAGGCAAAAAAAGAUGUCAAACAGACUGAACAGGAUGCUGGAAAACCUGGAAAUGCAAAACAGGGGCUUGGAGAUGACACUGAAUCUGUGCACAGUCAGGGUGAGGAAGACUUUGAAUUUCCUCGGCCUCCUCCUGGACGUAGCCUUCAUCGCCAUGUCCGUACAAUACGUGAAGUGCGCACUGUGGUCACCCGAAUCAUCACAGAUGUUUAUUACAUGGAUGGAACAGAGGUGGAACGCAAGGUUGUAGAGGAAGCCGAAGAGCCCAUAAUUGAAUGUCGUGAAUAUGAAAAUGAAGUAUCUCCUUCAAGGACUGCGGUCUCGUCUCUGACUUCUGGAGAUCUUGCAGAUAUCAGUUCCUUUUCCUCAAAAACAUCAAGCCUUCAGCGCACAUCUAGUGGAGCCAGCAGUGGCCUAUCUGCAGGGCAAAGCACCAGUGGUAGCAGUUCUGAUAAAGCAAAGGUUACACUAAGAGGAAGAGCUGGCCAGUUGGAAUCUGGGGAAUUUGCCAUGCCAGCUGGGCGUGGAGGCCUUGUGAAAUCAAGUCCUAGGAAAGUGUCCAGCCAGCCAGGGUCUUCACGCGAAACUGGAAGACAAACAGGGGUGCAAGUGAGUGAAGAUGAUGCAGAUGCAUCGCUUGGAAACAGACCAGGGGCCAAAGCGCCCCUUACACCCCGUGGAAGAGGGAGGAGGGGACGUCCUCCUUUUCGAGGAACUGGAUCAAGGGAAGUCGGCUCUUCACAUGCACAAGCUGAGGAUUCCACAGCAGCUGCUGUUCCUGAUGAAGAACCAUUCACACACAUCAGUGCUUGUCAUCCAGAAGCACGUGACAGAGCAAGCCCAGGAACCCCUACCACGCGGCGCAGCGAUUCCCCUGAAAUCCCCUAUCAGACACCAUCCAAGAAUGUUAGCACGGACUCCUCAUCGGGUAGUAGUUUUGUGGGACUCAAAGUUGUAGCCAAGUGGUCCUCCAAUGGUUAUUUUUACUCUGGCACAAUUACUCGGGACGCUGGAGGUGGAAAAUACAAGCUACUAUUUGAUGACGGCUAUGAAUGUGAUGUCGUCGGAAAAGAUAUUUUAUUAUGUGACCCUAUUCCAUUGGAUACAGAGGUGACAGCCCUCUCAGAAGAUGAAUAUUUUAGUGCAGGAGUAGUAAAAGCUCACAAAAGAGAUUCUGAAGAACUGUGGUACUGCAUUGAAAAAGAAGGACAAAGGAAAUGGUACAAAAGGAUGGCGGUAAUCCUGUCCCUAGAACAGGGAAAUAAGCUCAGAGAGCAGUUUGGUCUAGGCCCUUAUGAACCAUCAAUGCCAUUAACCAAGGGAUCAGACAUAAGCCUCGAUAAUCUAGUGGAAGGGAAGCGGAAACGAAGAAGUAAUUUAAGUGUGAUGGUCACACCAACCACUUCCAGUACAAGCACCCCAACCAGAAAAGGAACUGAGGUGUCUCGCAGUUCUUUAGGUCCACUCUCUGGAAAAAGGAAAUUGAUUAGUUCAGAUGAUGAGAAAUCUCCUGCAAAGCGUGGGCGUAAAUCUGUUUUUGCAAAGUCUGCAAAAGAAGGUGACUUUACGAGCCACAAUGAAGGUGAAGACAGUGCAGCUGACCAGAAUACACUGGAGGAGACGCAUGGACCUCUACCGCAGAAUAAUUUGCUGUUCGCAGGAUACGCCUUUCUUCUCACUACGGCCACAUCCAGUGACAAAGUCAACAACCGCCUGAAAUCACAGAAGAUCACUUCAUUCAGCAGUGAAGAUGAUGAAGAAUACAUUGAAAGCACCCCGUACGACCGACGGUACACAGAGGUUCAGCUUCGCGCUGGAGGGGGCUGCAUUAUCGACAAUUUCAGUGAAGCACUGUGCAAACCAGAUUCAAAAUGUUUGCUGAUUGCUGACCAGCACUGCCGAACCCGGAAAUAUUUUCUGUGCCUUGCCAGUGGAAUCUCUUGUGUGUCUCAUAUCUGGGUACAUGACAGUUGUCACUCUAAUGAGCUGCAAAGUGUCAACAAUUACUUCCUCCCGGCUGGGUACAGCCUUCAAGAAGAUAAAAUUUUGGAAUGGCAUGGCUCUAGGCAUCCCUUCCAAGGAUUGCGCUUUCUUGUUGUAUCUGACCAGCAAGAGAAUUUCCUGGAAACAUGGACAGAAGUAUUAAUGGUUGGAGGAGCAGCAUCUGCAAAGCAGCACAGUUCUGCAGAUACAAACAAAGAUGUUGCUUUGGGAGUUUUUGAUGUAGUAAUCACAGAUCCUUCGUGUCCAGAAUCCAUUUUAAAAUGUGCUCAAGCUUUAAACCUUCCAGUGGUUUCAUCAGAAUGGGUGAUCCAGUGUCUCGUCAAUGGAGUGCAAGUCGGUUACAAUAAACACCCAAAAUACAAACAUGACUAUGUUGUGAGCUAA